GUCACGUCCGCCGCCGGCCGCUAAGGAAACGUGGCCUUUUCCUCAGGCUCUGGACAAGGGGGAGGGGGAGAAACAUGGCGGAGAUGGAGAGCCCGCUGCCCGCCGACAACACCACCCUGAACGACACCGAAACCAUCGCCGCCAACGCCACCGCCCGGUUCGUGGCGACUCCCGAAGGCUCGGCGGUGGCCUACGGCAGCCUGGUGCUGAUGGCGCUGCUGCCCAUCUUCUUCGGGGCCCUGCGCUCUGUCAGCUGUGCCAAGUCUAAGAAUUCCUCUGAUAUGCCAGAGACCAUUACAAGUCGAGAUGCAGCCAGGUUCCCCAUCAUUGCCAGCUGCACACUGUUUGGCCUUUAUCUAUUUUUCAAAAUAUUUUCUCAAGAAUAUAUCAACCUGCUGCUGUCCAUGUAUUUUUUCAUACUGGGUAUAUUGGCUUUGUCUCACACUUUAAGUCCAACUAUGAAUAAAAUUAUUCCUACCAAUUUACCAAACAAACAGUAUCAGUUGCUGUUCACUCAGGGAACAGGGGAGACAAAGGAAGAAAUUGUCAACUAUGAGUUUGACACAAAAGAUCUCGUGUGCUUGGCUUUCAGCAGUGUGAUUGGAGUCUGGUAUUUGCUGAAAAAGCAUUGGAUUGCCAACAAUCUGUUUGGAUUAGCAUUUGCUCUUAAUGGUGUUGAACUCCUGCACCUUAACAAUGUCAGUACAGGCUGUAUUCUCCUCGGUGGACUUUUUAUCUAUGAUGUAUUCUGGGUGUUUGGCACAAAUGUCAUGGUAACUGUUGCCAAGUCGUUUGAAGCGCCAAUUAAGUUGGUUUUCCCUCAAGAUCUUCUGGAGAAAGGACUUGCAGCCAAUAAUUUUGCAAUGCUUGGCUUGGGUGAUAUUGUCAUUCCAGGUAUCUUCAUUGCUCUUCUACUUCGUUUUGAUGUGAGUUUGAAGAAGAACAGCCGGACGUACUUCUACACUAGCUUCUUCGCUUAUGUCUUUGGUCUUGGACUUACCAUUUAUGUAAUGCACACUUUCAAGCAUGCUCAGCCUGCUCUACUGUACCUGGUACCUGCCUGCAUUGGAUUCCCAGUUACUGUUGCUCUGGUUAAGGGAGAACUUACUGAAAUGUUCAGGUAUGAAGAAAAAACUGCCCUGUGUGACAAAGAGCCUUUGGAUGAAGCCACAGACAAUUUGAAAGAAAGCAAGAAGGAACAGUAACUGGAGAGGCCAUGGAUCAAUCAAUUUUUUUUUUAAAGUCUCCACUCCGAACUGCCUGCUUUGUGUUCAAUUUGUGCAGAUACCAUAUUGUACUGACAUGGUCAUGUGUGUCUUGCGUCCCUGGCAACUCAUGGGGAAACAAAAGUAUUUUAUUACAUCAUGCUAGAGUGCUAGUUAUUCAGUUCUUCUUGUGUUUUCUAUGAAUGUGCCAACUAAUUUGUUUUUAAAGAGAAAAAAAUAACCUGAGGGGUUGCACCAGUGCCUAUCUGUAUUUUUUAAUUUAUUUUGAAUGGAUUAAAUUGAUCAUGACUUUUUGAAUUCAAAGGUGCCAGCAUUUUGUUUUGUUUUACAAAUAAAUGCAGAAAACUGAAGUUUUUAAACAGCUGUACACUAGUCCAUGUUGUAAGAUGUGUAUUUUAAGGGAAAAAAAUACCUCAGCUGUUGUUUUUUAUGUGACUGCUUUGGCUCAUUGUGUGUUUUUAAAAGUGAAUUUGGGGUUUACAUACACCGCUUUUUUCAACAAUUCGGUGACAAAUGACAAAUUUAUAGCGCAUUAAGUGUGCACACAGAAUACCCAUUUGGGCUGUUUAAUUAGACAAUGAUGGGGGAUGAAGUGCUUAUACAUACUAUAGUUUUAUAGGUAAGCUAAAUGCUGGAACUGCUUUUUUUUGUUUAAACUAAUGGACAAUCUUAAUUUUUUUUCUGCAUUUGUUUUGCAAACAAAAGAUGAUCUGAGCCCCCGUUUUACAGUGGCAGCAGAUGAGAUACACAGAUUGUUAAUGGCAACUUAAAAGAAAUAUUCUUUGUAGCUUUGAUUCAAACAAGCAGCACAGAUAUCAACUGAUAUGAAUAUAUAUGUACUAGCCAAUAAUGUGUUGUCUGUCUGACUGUGGCUGAUAUAAUGUAAGCUUUCACCAUGGGGUUAAAGCAAACAUGUAAGUUUGCUGACUGUAUGUGUUAAUAUCAUGUCUGGAGAAGUGUUUGUGGCUUAUAGAAAGCCAGGGUCUGAUGCAGUGCAUGUAGCAGUCAUAUUUUAUUUUGCAUUUUGAGUUCUGUUUUUCUUUUCCACAGGAAGGCACUGACUGAUCCCUCCUGUGCCUUGCUCAAGUGAGUUAACCAUGUAUGCUCCUGAACGGUGCAUGUUGUGACUGGUGGACGAGGGGUGAAGGGUUUGGCAUCAGAGUCUGUCUGACCCCUACUCUCUCUUGAUAGCCAUCUGUUCCAACUCAGGCACUCAUGCAUUGAUCAGCAUUGCAAUGCUUUUGUCAAUUGGAAUGGGAGCUAAAAAAAAAAUCCUAGAAUAUAAGUUGUUUUCAAUCUGCAAAACCCUUCUUUCCUGAUCUGUACAUCUGUCUCUCUCGACAUAACAGAGGCGUAUCUUUAAUUCAGUGAACUGUUGGAAAAAUUUGUAAUCUUUCCUGGACAGCCUACACAAAGUCUCCACUGCUGCCACCAUAUGUAUCAAGGUAAUUUAGAACGAAUCUUGCUGGUAGUUUUCUCCAUUUAGGGAUAAGCUUUAUGAAUGUUUCUCUCUUUCCUUCUCUUCCCCCACCCCUCUCUGUUUUAACCUCUGCUUUUCUUCAAGGUUCUGCUAGUUUAUCUAUGUCCAUUCACACUCACUUUGCCUACAGAGGGAGCACAACUCAGGACCUCUGACAAUAACAUCUGCUUGGAUGCUUCCCUGCCCAGUGGGACUUUGGUUAAAUAAGGACACCUUGCAGUGUCACAGGGAUUUUGUUUACCUGUCCAUGAUUUUGUUUACCCUUUCCUCCUCCUCCUCCUCCUCCUCCUCCUCCUCUCGUUCCCCCCCCC